AUGGCACAUGCUGGAAGUUGUUUUGCACAUGUUGACACCCUUUCUGAUGAAGAAGGGUGUGGUGAUCUCGUUACUCCUGUGAGAGCUCCAUCAAAGAGGCCUAGUUGUUCGACUGAGAAAACCGUUCAGAAGAAGGCUCGGGUAGUCAGACUACUUGGAUGCAGUUCCACAAGGGAAAAUACCAAUCCUGUAGAGAAAGGGAAUGCAUAUGGCUUGAAGAAGAAGGACAUGGUAGCAAGAACCAGGGCGAUAGUUCAGAGCAAAUGCCGGUGUUCCAAAGGAAAACGCCAAGGAAAAAAUUGUUUCCUGCCAUUCCGAGAGUCUUCUAGAUUCAGCUUGCUCAUUGACCACUUGCGGAAGCUGGCUCGUAUGGACAAACUUGAGAUCGAUAAAGAGGUAUGGUCAUGCCUUCGAUCAGCAUACAACGGGUCCAAGCUUCAGAGAUUGACCUUGCUAGACAUGCCUGUGUGCCAGAAUUCCUUCAAGCGACUUCUGCGGCUGGGGUCUGGUCGCUUCUUGAGAUUGAUUGAUUCAAUUCGUAAAGGGGAUGAUGAUUGUCCAAUGGACAUGCGGUUUGUGAAGAAAAGGUUCCCUGACAAGCUGCAUUCACAGAAAAGACAAAUUGUUCAUGAUUUUCUUCACCACCUCUAUGAGACCUUGGCCGAACCAAUGCCAGAGGGAACUGGUGCAUCGAAGCGACCCCGUACAGUGAAGAAGAGAGAUGACAAAAACUUGAUUGCUACAACACAGCUGAUUGAGAAAGCUCUACCACCAGGGUCGUUCUAUGAGUACCUAGCCAUGCUCCGAAGGGCCCACCCGACAAUGACCUUCAGCUACAAGUUGUUUUGCUCUGUUCAAUUCUUAGCUUUCUGA